UUUAGUGCGCAGGCGCCCCGGGCGCUGCUAACUGUAGAAGCAAUGGACGCGCUGGAGUCGUUGUUGGACGAAGUGGCUCUGGAAGGGCUUGAUGGCUUGUGUUUGCCUGCUCUGUGGAGCCGUUUGGAGUCCCGAGUGCCUCCUUUUCCGCUGCCGUUGGAGCCCUACACGCAGGAGUUUUUGUGGCGGGCUCUUGCUACGCAUCCGGGCAUCAGCUUCUAUGAGGAGCCUCGGGAGCGCCCCGACCUCCAGCUGCAGGACCGGUAUGAAGAAAUUGAUUUGGAAACUGGAAUUUUGGAGUCCCGGAGGGACCCGGUCCCUUUGGAGGAUGUCUAUCCCAUUCAUAUGAUCUUAGAGAAUAAGGAUGGUAUUCAGGGCUCAUGCCGGUACUUUAAGGAGAGGAAAAACAUUACCAAUAACAUCAGGACCAAGUCUUUGCAGCCUCGUUGUACAAUGAUGGAAGCAUUUGACAGGUGGGGUAAGAAGCUGAUCAUCGUUGCCUCCCAAGACAUGCGCUAUCGAGCCCUAAUAGGUGCAGAGGGGGACCCUGAUCUGAAGCUCCCUGACUUCUCCUACUGUAUCUUAGAGCGACUUGGCCGCUCCAGGUGGCAAGGGGAGCUGCAGCGAGACCUUCACACCACUGCUUUCAAGGUUGAUGCUGGGAAGCUUCAUUAUCACAGGAAAAUUCUGAACAAAAACGGGCUCAUUACGAUGCAGUCACAUGUGAUCCGAUUACCUACUGGAGCUCAGCAGCACUCAAUCCUCCUGCUUCUGAACCGGUUCCACGUGGACAGGAGGAGCAAAUACGACAUCCUCAUGGAGAAGCUUUCAGGGGUGCUGAGUACUCGGAGUAACCGGAUCGAGACACUGGGCAAGCUGCGGGAGGAGCUGGGGCUGUGUGAGAGGACAUUUAAGCGUCUGUACCAGUACAUGCUGAAUGCUGGGCUGGCCAAGGUGAUAUCCCUUCCCUUACAAGAGAUUCACCCAGAAUGUGGACCUUGUAAGACCAAAAAAGGGACUGAUGUCAUGGUCCGGUGCCUCAAGCUGCUGAAAGAGUUCAAGAAGAAGGUUGAAGAUGACCACGAUGAUGACGAUGACGAGGAAGUCAUCUCCAAGGGAGUGCCUCCAGUGGACAUCGUGUUUGAGCGGGACAUGCUCACGCAGACCUACGACCUCAUUGAGCGCAGAGGCACGAAAGGAAUUUCCCAAGCUGAAAUUCGAGUGGCCAUGAAUGUGGGAAAGCUGGAAGCCAGAAUGCUGUGUCGGCUUCUUCAGAGGUUCAAGGUUGUCAAGGGGUUCAUGGAGGACGAAGGUCGACAGCGGACUACCAAGUACAUCUCAUGUGUAUUUGCCGAGGAGAGCGACUUGAGCCGGCAGUACGCCCGGGAGAAGGCCCGGGGCGAGCUGCUGACCACUGUGAGCCUGGCCUCCAUGUCCGAGGAGCCACUGCUGCCCGAAGGCGAGGAUACUUUUCUCUCAGAGUCAGACAGCGAGGAGGAGGGCACCCCAGGCAAGCGCAGAGCCAGAGGAGCCCAGCGCCACGUGAGGUCCUCCUCGGAAUUCGGGCCUGGCUCUCAGCCUCAUCAUUCCACCCCGACCAAGGGUGGGUGGAAACUUGUCAACCUUCACCCCUUGAGGAAGCAGCCACCUUCCUCCCCCGGGGCUGCUGAGGAACGAGCCUCUCGUAGCUCUGGGGGCAGGGACCACCUGGACACCAGCGGCUCCUCCGAGCUCAACGUGUCCUUCGGCUCCCACUGCAUGGAGAGUACCAGUGGUGACAUAGCCAUGAUUGAGGAGGUCCGGCUUGACAAGGAGUGUGGCAGCUCCCAGAAGGGUGGGAAGCAUGGUGCAGGCCAGGACAAGCCCCACAAGACUUACCGACUGCUGAAACGCCGAAAUCUGAUCAUAGAAGCUGUCACCAAUCUUCGCCUGAUUGAGAGCCUGUUCACGAUUCAGAAGAUGAUCAUGGAUCAGGAGAAGCAGGAGGGCGUGUCUACCAAGUGCUGUAAGAAGUCCAUUAUCCGCCUGGUGCGGAACUUGUCUGAGGAAGGCCUCUUGAGGCUGUAUCGCACCACAGUUAUUCAGGAUGGCAUCAAAAAGAAGGUGGAUCUGGUCGUGCACCCAUCCAUGGACCAGAAUGACCCUCUUGUGAGAAGUGCCAUCGAGCAGGUUCGCUUCCGGAUCUCUAAUUCAAGCACAGCAAACAGGGGUAAGGUUCCUCAGCCUCCAGCACCCCCAGAGGAGACAGAAGAAGAGAGUCGAGGGCAAGAAGAACCAAGCGGAUCAGGAGACUCUGACAUGAAUGCUUCCUCUAAACCAGAUAGCGGGCGGGCAAAAAAGACUGAUGAGAAGAUGGGCAUAACCCCGAUGAAAGAUUACCACCCUGUUGUAGUUCCUGGCCUUGGGCGCUCUCUUGGGUUCCUGCCCAAAAUGCCUCGCCUGCGGGUAGUGCACACUUUCCUGUGGUACCUGAUCUACGGGCACUCUACCAGCUAUGUGAUGGACAAGCCAGUGUUCGUCAGUGAGAGGAGAGGCAGCAGGCACUCCAGAGGUGACUGGGAGUCCUCAGAACGCAGGGACAAUCCAGACGGCGUCACCUGGGAGACUGAGGUGGAGCUGUCCACAGAGACAGUGUAUGUGGACGACGCCUCCUGGAUGCGCUACAUCCCUCCCAUCCCCAUCCACAGGGACUUUGGCUAUGGCUGGGCCCUCGUCAGUGACAUCCUCCUCAGCCUGCCCCUUUCCAUCUUUGUUCAGAUUGUACAAGUCAGCUACAAGGUGGACAACCUCGAGGAGUAUCUGAACCACCCUCUGAAGCAGCACACGCUGAUCCGCUUCCUUCCCAGGCCCAUCCGGCAACAGCUCCUUUAUAAGAGGCGGUACAUCUUCUCGGUGGUGGAGAAUCUGCAGAGACUGUGCUACAUGGGGCUGCUGCAGUUCGGCCCCACAGAGAAGUUCCAGGACAAGGAUCAGGUCUUCAUCUUCCUGAAGAAGAAGGCAGUCAUCAUUGAUACCACCAUCUGUGACCCCCAUUACAACCUGGCCCACAGCAGCCGGCCUUUCGAGAGGCGGCUCUAUGUCCUGAACUCCAUGCAGGAUGUGGAGAGCUACUGGUUUGAUCUGCAGUGCGUCUGCCUCAACACACCACUAGGUGUGGUACGAUGUACAGGCGUUCCGAAGAAUAGCACCGAACAGGGCAGUGAUGAGGAGGGCAGCCUGCGGAAGGAGCAGGAGAGCGCCAUUGACAAGCACAACCAGGAGCGCAAGUGUGCCAUGCAGGAGUAUACCAUGGGGAGCCGUGAGGUUGUGGAUGAAGGCCAGAUCCCUGGCGACGGGCUGGGAGCUGCUGGACUCGAUUCCAGUUUCUAUGCACACCUGAAACGCAACUGGAUCUGGACCAGCUAUAUCAUUAAAGCCAGAAAGGAGAACAUCAAUGCAGAGAAUGGGCUCACAGUGAGGCUCCAGACGUUUCUGUCCAAGCGCCCUUUGCCACUUGGAGCUGGAGGUGGUAACAGGCUGGCCCUCUCUGGGGAGACGAAAGCAGGCAGUGAGCUCUCUGCCCACCGGGAGGAGCAGUUUGGGAUGGAUCGCGAACCCACACUGGGCCGAAACCGCAGGGUGAAGGGUGGCAGAAAUCAGAAACGAAAGCGUCUGAGGAAGGACCCCGCCAAGAAGGUCAAGCGAAAGAGAAAAGAGGAGCCCCCAGGAACCAAAAGCAAAAGGCUGCGUUACCAUGACGAAGCUGACCAGAGCGCCCUGCGGAGGAUGACGCGGCUGCGCGUCUCCUGGUCCAUGCAGGAGGAUGGGCUUCUCAUGCUCUGCCGCAUCGCCAGCAAUGUCCUCAAUACCAAGGUGAAGGGCCCAUUUGUCCCCUGGCAGGUCGUGCGAGAUGUCUUGCAUGCCACCUUUGAGGAGUCUCUGGAUAAAACAUCUCACUCAGUUGGACGAAGAGCUCGCUACAUUGUCAAAAACCCACAGGCCUAUCUGAACUAUAAGGUUUGCCUGGCUGAGGUGUACCAGGAUAAAGCACUGAUUGGAGAUUUCAUGAACCGCAGAUGUGACUAUGAGGACCCAAAGGUUUGUGCCAAGGAGUUUAAAGAAUUUGUGGAGAAGCUCAAAGAGAAGUUCAGUUCCACUCUAGGGAAUCCUAACCUUGAAAUCCCAGACACACUGCAGGAGCUGUUUGCCAGAUACCGAGUUUUGGCAAUUGGAGAUGAAAAAAAUCAGAUGAGGAAGGAGGAUGAACUUAAUAGUGUGGAGGACAUCCAGUUCCUGGUGCUGCAGAACCUGAUCCAGAGCACACUGUCCCUCUCCAACAGCCAGAUGAAGUCCUGCCAGUCAUUCCAGACAUUCCGCCUCUACCGCGAAUAUAAGGAGCGAGUGCUGGCGCGGGCCUUCAUGGAGUGUCAGAAGAGGAGCCUGGUCAACCGGCGCCGGGUCAACCAUACACUGGGCCCCAAGAAGAACCGGGCCCUGCCCUUUGUGCCCAUGUCCUACCAGCUGUCUCAGUCCUACUACAGGCUUUUUACCUGGCGAUUUCCCAGCACCAUCUGCACAGAAUCGUACCAGUUCUUUGACAGACUCCGGGCGGCCGGCAAGUUGGACCAAUCUGAUCCUUUUUUCUUCAAAGACCAGGAUAGUGGUAACCCCCCAACUGACAUGGUGCCGUUUUCUCUGGACGGACCUGGAGGACACUGUGUGACUGCCCUGACCCUUUGGUCUCUGGGCCUCAUUUCCGUGGAUGUCAGGAUCCCAGAGCAGAUCCUGGUGGUGGACAGUUCCAUGGUGGAGAACGAGGUCAUGAAGAGCCUGGGGAAGGAUGGGCUGGACGAUGAUGAGGAUGAAGAGGAGGACCUGGAUGAAGGCGCAGCGGGGAAGCGUGCGGGGGUCGAGGUGAAGGCGCAUCAGGCCUCCCACACCAAGUACCUGCUGAUGAGGGGCUGCUGCGUGCCUGGCAUCAUCAGCACACGUAACCUCAACCCCAACGACAGCGUCGUGGUCAACUCCUGCCAGGUGAAGUUCAGGCUGCGCUGCACCCCCUUGUCCACCCAGCUCAGGCCUGCCGACCCUUCUCUGCAAGAGCUGACAGUGGGAACCUCCUGCCUCCCGGACUCCUUCACCAGGCUGAUAGAGCCCCCAGCAAACCUGCUUGGCUUGGAGGAGUUUGCCCACCUGGGGGCGCUCUCGGGGUAUAGCCCGGAAGACAUGUCUGCCUCCCAGGAGAUCUGGCAGGCAGUGGUCUCCGAAGGCUCCUUUGGGAUUGACAAGGAGAAGCUGAGCAGACAGUUCUCAGCCUUGGACAAGACAGCAGGCACCAGGACAUUCCAAGACUACAUCCAGGACCUCUUGGCAUGGAACCAGGUGCUGGAGGUCGGCAGCAACACGGUCCGGCUGGUGGCCAUGGCCUUUGCACGGCCCUGGCUACUGCAUUCAGUGCGGCUGAAAGACCCAGAGGAGGACACCAGUGCUCAGAAGGAAGACUCCCAGGCCAGACUUCCUGAGGAACCUGCCAGUGAGAGCAGCGCACCUGAGCAGCCAGCUCCACCUUCUCACAGCCCCCAGAGUGCCAGGAAACGGGCACGCUGGGCCAGCCACAGCAGCGACACUGACACUGAAUGUACCCCGAAGCCCCCUGCAAAGAGGCCCAUGCUCCAGGAUAUUCGCUUGGCCCCCAGCCCCAGGCUCGAGGCAGAAGAGGGAGCAGAAAUCCAGGCUUUGGCCCCACCCCCCGUUUCUGAAGACCCAUGUGCAGGGGGUGCUGAGCAGGAAGGCCAAGAGGUUGUCGGUGGACCUAGCUCCCCCAGCCCAACCCAGCUGAGCCGUCAGGCCCAGUUUCCAGAAGGCUCAGAGGACCCCAGAGGGCUCAUCGACGCUUCUGGGGCCAGUGGUGUCUCCCCAGCGCCCCUCGAAAGGGACUGUGAAAACAUCUGCUUCAUCGGCCGCCCGUGGCGUGGCGUGGAUGGAGACCUGAACACACCAGUGUGCAAGGGCAUGAUGGAGGCCAUGCUGUACCACGUCAUGAGCAAGCCUGGUAUCUCGGAGAGCAGCCUGCUGCAGCACUACCAGGGGGUCCUGCAGCCUGUCGCUGUGCUCGAGCUGCUCCAGGGCCUGGAGUCUCUUGGCUGCAUCCAGAAGCGCAUCCUCAGCAAGCCCACUACUGUCUCGCUCUUCUCCAAACCUGUGGCAGCAAAUCCCAGGUCUGAGGCACCUGCAUCCCACCUGCGUGACAGCACUGCAGUCUUCUACGAGCCCACACUGGACUGCACCAUCCGCCUGGGCUGUGUCUUCCCGCCCAAGGUCAACUGGAACAAGUGGAUCCACUUGUAGGCUGGUGCCUGCCAUCCCAUGGACACAUAUCCCACCGGUGCCCCUAGAAGGCGUUCUGUGCCCAGCUCCUACAAGAGGGAUGGUGCACUGGCUGGAACCAGGCCUCGCGCGUUCCCCCGCUGUCCUGGAACACUGGGAAAAGGGCACACUGCUCUGCUCUGUGGCUCCGCCAGGCUGCGUGGGAGCCAGCCUCAUCACACUGACAGCUGGUCCCUCCUGCCCAGCCAGCGGGGAUGCACAACAGCAGCUGCCAGCACUUUGGGUCCCCUCUGCCCUCGGGUGCGCUUGCUCCCUAGGGGCUGCUCCUUGUCUGGACCUGUGUCCUGUGCUCAUGCAGUGGAGCUGCCAUAGCCUCUGAACGCAGGGUCAGGUGAGCACCUCGGGCUCCAGAGGGCUUGUUCCCCCACAUUCUCGGAGCUGCGUCACAGUUACCCAGCCUUCCUGGACCUCACUGUUGCCACCUGAGGCAGGUGGGCAGAGCCCUGACCUGUUAUACAUCCUGGACUCAGCCACUGUGGCUGGCUGCCAAGGGCCACUAAGAGUGAGGGUCUCGUGGAAAAACAUCGCAGGAGGCCCCGCAGAGCCUGUGUCCCUCCAGGCCAUGCACCUCGGCCCUGGGCCUGGGCCGGUCCUGCCCCUCAGCUCUGACUGCUGAUGCCCUGCCCACAAAAGGGAGGAUCCUGUAGAUCUCGGUUCUGUUUUGUUUUUUUCCUUUAGCCUCCUUCCUCAUUUAUAAACAAGUCCCCCUGGCAUGUAUUUAUUUAUUUUUUAAUUAAAGUGAAGUCAAGUCA